AGAGACACAUGAAAUUACGCUAACUGUAAAUUUAAGAAGAAUUUAAAACUUUAACUUAAUUUUGUUGAGGUGAAAAUGUUCACCUGUUGCACGGAGUCCUGUGUGGAUAUGUUCAGGACUGCUUCUCUUAAUCUACUGAAAGCACAUAUUCAUAUCAGACAUCCAGGAGCAAAGAAAAUAAGGUUCCUGUGUUUCUGUCAAAUCUGCAAAGGAGAAGCUUUUAAGGACAAUAACGCGUUGAGAGAUCACCUUGUUCAAGUUCAUGGAUUUGAGAAAGACUCAGGAAACACACUCACCCACUUCUUUUGUAUUCCCUGCAAGAAGCAGAUCGGGAACAGGGUAGCCUGGGAGGCCCAUCGGAACAAGUACUAUCACACCUACAGGUUUGGUGUUUACACAGCGAACAAGGAGAAAAAAAGCCAGGGAUAUCAUGAUAUCGAGGAAGGAAUAGGAUUAGAUGUGGAGGACUUCACAGUUUGCACCAGUAUUCAGGAGGCUGGCCAGGCCUCAAAGAACUCGGCUGGACCAGGACCAAAGUCUAAGCAGAAUCUGCUCCACUGUGUCAACUGCCCUGACAUUUUUCACAGGAAUCGAAUUGAGGAGCAUGUUUACAAAUGUCAUCCGAACUCCACAUUCCAGUGUGAGUAUAUCGUGAAGAAAGGUUGGAAUGAAGAGUAUGAAGGUGUAUCGAAGAGAAGAUGUGGGAAAAUGUUGGUCACAGCUCCGAAUAUGAUCAAACAUCUUCAGUAUCAUGAUAGAUCAAUCAACAGGAUUUAUGAUGCGUGCAUAAAGCGGUUGGUGACACUGCCUGAAGAUCUUCGAUGGUUUCGUUGCCAAAUAUGUUCUCUCUGUGUUAAUGCUCAGAAUAUUGCGGUGAUUUCCGAUCAUGUGAAAUCAACUCACUCAGGUGGAGUAAAAGGACAUGGUGGAGUUCAAGGACAUGGCGAAGGAAAAGAACAAGUGGAUGAUGAAGGUGAUGGAAUACUUCCCUGGCAUACUCAACCUCUUCUAGUUGUUGAUUUUGGUUGCAGGAUCUGUGGAGUAGUUGCACAGGGCCCUCAGGGUUACGAUAAGUUGAUGGUUCACAUUCAGCAAUGCAGGGAUAAUCACAGAAUAUCAGUGUUUCAAAGAAUCACACUUUAAGGAGAAGAUUCAUCGAUCCUAGAUGCUUGUCAAGCCGAAUCCUAUUUUAUCAAUGAUCGGUGGGCAAUCAACUAUUAAUCUGACAAAGACGAUCUUAUAAAUCUAUACCAUCAAAAAGAUCUAGUUCUACUCAAAGGAUACUUAAUGAAAAAUUUCAAGAGUGCACUGUUCAGAGUGCACUGUUCCAAGAACACUGUUCCUGAGAACACUGUUUCAGAGAACACUGUUUCUGAGAUCACUGUUUCAGAGAACAUUGUUCCAGAGAACAAUGUUACAGAUAGCACUGUUCCAGAGUGCACUGUUCCAGAUAGCAGUUUUGCAGAGAAUUCUAUUUCAGUGAAUGUUUCAGCAAAGAUAAAUGUUAAAUUUUAUGAAGUACGGGACGAAAAAUCGAAAACAUGUUUUUUUAUUUAAAACAUGGCAGCCAAUUCGACUCUGUCUUUCCAGCCAACAAGAUACGGUUUUAGUUAUAUGUUUAUGUUAAAUUUACCUAUGAUUAAGCUGAGAAAUACAGAAAAGAGACCAGCUGACAAGAAUUUACUUAUGAUCAAGAAAUCAUGAAAAGAUAAAAAUCAGGUUAAGUUAAGGAAAAACAGAAGAAACAUAAACCUAAUCUAACAUCAAUAAUCUGCAGUACGGCCCUGAUGAUCAAUAGUUGAGCUUAUAUGAUCUCUUGCCACGGUGAUAUGAUCUUAAUUCAAGAUAAUGCUUGUUUGAUCUCCAGUCGUCUUAAGGAUCGAGGACAAAAUUUCUAGUCAAGUUUAUAUUAUCUCAAUCGUGGACUUAAUCAUAUUGGUUAAGUUUUUGUGAUGGCCAAGUUUUUUGUGAUCCUAGUCAAGUUUUUAUUAUCUCCAGCCGGAGAUAAAAUCUCUAGUCAAGCUUAUAUGAUCUCUGACCAAGAACUUGAUCUUAAGUCAAGCUUUUGAUCUUUUACCAUGGGGGCUGGAUGAAUGUUACACUAACCAGUCGAGUCAUCAAGUUUCAGAUAUCUAGCUCUAAAUUUAAACCAUAGAUGGCAAGGAAAAGUAAAAAAGUUGAGUUUCUUAAGAACUUAAGUUAAGAUAAAAA